AUGCCUGUGAUCUCAAAGUAUUUUGUGCUAGAUCCGCAAGUAACGGAACUUUUAAGGCAUACACGCGCAUUGACCAUAAGAAAACGGAGCGCUGAUUCUUCCUUGUUCCUGAACAAGGAACGGCAAAUGCAGUAUAUUUUCGCUGAGACGGUAGUGCAGCUUGAAAUAGGUCACAUUUGCACUUGCACUUCUAUAGCAUCCAUAUAUGGAAGUGUUGUCAACCUCGCAAAUCUCAUCUGUGAUAUCGACUACAAUGUCUUCUAUGGUCUCUUUUUUGUUGGCGAUGAUCUCGACCAAAACUCCUUCCUUGAUCUUUUUGAGUCAUGA